GGAAGGGCCCGCCUCAGAGCGGAGCUGCCGGGAAACGAAACUGAACUGUGGCGGAGUGGAGUUGGGAGGAUUCGGUCUGCCUUCCUCUCUCGAGCCCAGGCACGUUUCUGGACGGCUUGAGGCCCUGCUGUUCCCUUCUUCUCCUCCUCCCUCUUGCGACCUGAGGCAAAGCCCCCUUCCCCCCUGUCCCUCGUGAGUGUAGUAGGCAAGGGCCCCCGGGAGGGGCGGGAGAGCCAGCCAGCCUUGGGGGCCCUCCGUCCCCGUCUUCCCUUCACGCUUCUUCCCCUCUCCCGCUGCUUGUGGCUUCUCUCCGCCCGUUUGUGCCUCACAAGAGUAUCCCACACUGGUCGCCCGCUCCUCCCUUCGCCCCGCUUCCUUCAUCCCCGUUACCUCUCCUUGCCUGGCUUCGUGGCCUUUUCCCAUCGUACCGGCCCUCAGGCCGUCGCCAGUCUGUCCCUCUCUGAUGUCCUCCCUGACACCCCUUCUCCCUCUCCACUUUUUAGAUGCGCCCGUCGUCACUCUGCUUAUAACUUCCCACUUCUCCAUGGCUGGAACGCUAAGCAUACUUCCCAAGAAAUAAAUUCUGUUUAACUCAGUCGGACUUAUUUCUGGGUAAGCCUGCUUACAAGGUUGCCCCUCCAGCACUCAUUUUCUGCCACCUAGUAUUUCCCCCUAGUUCCUUUCUGACUCUCCCAUCCCCCCACCCGUUUUUCCUUGCCCUGCGUAUCAAGUAAAGUGCUUUUUGUUGUUCUGGAUCCGUCUUUUCUAAGUAAAAAUGAAGCGAAGAGCAGAACCUGAGUAUAGCAGUCCCCAGAAGAGGCAGAAGAAAAGGAUAGAAGAGUUGGGUCUGACCCUCAGUUCCACAUCAGAUGAUGAAACUCAACUUAGUAGUAAUCAUGCAACUCAAGAGUCUUCCACGACAAGCAGCAGCGAGUCUGACAGCGAGAGCAAUGAGAGGCGCCCUGUGCUUGGUUCCUUCAGCAAUAAGUUCAGUGCAGACUCCCUUGUGGAGGGCACGUCCUCCCGCUACUCCAUGUAUAACAGUGUAUCCCAGAAACUCAUGGCCAAGAUGGGGUUUCGAGAAGGUGAAGGUCUUGGAAAAUAUGGCCAAGGGAGGCAAGAGAUUGUUGAGGCUUCACAACAGAAAGGAAGACGAGGUUUGGGAUUGACUCUGAAAGGAUUUGAUGGAGAGGUGAACAUCAACUGGCAGGAUGAGCCAGAGGCUAGUGCUUAUGAACAAGUGGACUGGUUCCCAGAAUGCACCACUGAAAUUCCAGAUGCUGAGGAAAUGAAGGACUGGAUGACCAUAGGGAAGAGGAAACUGCUCAUUGAUGAUGAAACAAAAUUCUGUGGAGAAGAACUCCUACAGAAUGUGCUCCAGUGCAAGAAUGUGUUUGAUGAACUGGAUGGAGAGGAGAUGCGCCGGGCUCGUACACGGUCCAACCCCUAUGAGAUGAUCCGUGGAGUCUUCUUCCUAAACAGAGCUGCGAUGAAGAUGGCAAACCUAGACUAUGUCUUCGACUACAUGUUUACAAACCCAAAGGAUUCUCGUGGGAAACCCCUGAUCAAAGACCGGGAUGCAGAGCUCCUAUACUUCGCUGACGUAUGUGCUGGUCCUGGUGGUUUCUCAGAGUAUGUCCUCUGGAAGAAGAAGUGGCACGCAAAAGGUUUUGGAAUGACCUUAAAGGGACCAAAUGAUUUCAAAUUGGAAGAUUUCUAUGCUGCCUCCAGUGAGCUCUUCGAGCCUUACUAUGGUGAAGGAGGAAUUGAGGGAGAUGGAGACAUCACCCGUCCGGAGAACAUAACUGCUUUCCAGAAUUUUGUGCAGGACAACACAGAUCGCAAGGGGGUACAUUUCUUGAUGGCUGACGGGGGUUUCUCUGUAGAGGGGCAGGAAAACAUCCAAGAGAUUCUAAGCAAACAGCUGACGCUUUGCCAAUUCCUCACAGGACUCUCCGUUAUACGGACAGGAGGGCACUUCGUCUGCAAAACCUUUGACCUGUUCACACCGUUCAGUGUUGGCCUGGUGUACCUCUUAUACUGCUGCUUUGAGCGUGUGUCAAUCUUCAAACCUGUGACAAGCCGUCCUGCUAAUUCUGAGAGGUAUGUGGUAUGCCGUGGAUUAAAGUCUGGAAUUGAUGAUGUGAGAGACUAUCUUUUCACAGUGAACAUCAAGCUCAACCAACUACGCAACUCAGACCAGGAUGUUAAUCUUCUUGUUCCCCUGGAAGUAAUCAAAGGUGACCAUGAUUUCUCUGAUUACAUGGUCCGAUCAAAUGAAAGACUCUGUGCUGUUCAGAUCAAAUCACUGGCUAAAAUCCGUGCAUUUGUUCAAGAGACGACAUUGAAUGAACCACGGCAGGCUGAUAUCCGAAAAGAAUGCAUCCGACUUUGGGGCAUUCCAGACCAGGCCCGAGUCGCCCCAUCCUCUUCUGAUCCCAAGUCCAAGUUCUUUGAGCUAAUUCAGGGUGCUGACAUAGAGGUCUUCAGUUACAAACCAACCCCUCUCAACUCAAAAACUUUGGAGAGGAUCCGGCCUGUGUUGGAUUACAGAUGUAUGGUAUCAGGAAGUGAACAAAAGUUCCUUCUAGCACUAGGGAAAUCUCAGAUAUAUACUUGGGCUGGUCGCCCAUCAGAUCGUUGGACCAAACUGGACUUGAAAACAGAAUUGCCACGAGACACCCUUCUAUCUGUGGAGAUAGUUCAUGAGCUGAAAGGAGAGGGGAAAGCACAGCGAAAAAUUAAUGCCAUCCACAUUCUGGAUGCCCUGAUACUAAAUGGCAGUGAUGUCCGAGAACAGCAUUUCAAUCAGCGAAUUCAACUAGCAGAGAAGUUUGUAAAAGCCGUCUCUAAACCUAGCCGGCCAGAUAUGAACCCCAUCAGAGUGAAGGAAGUGUACAGGCUAGAGGACAUGGAAAAGAUUUUUCUAAGAUUAGAGAUGAAGAUCAUCAAGAGCUCAGGUGGAAUGCCACGGCUGUCCUACACUGGCCGUGACGACAGGCACUUUGUACCCACAGGAUUGUACAUCGUUCGGACAGUCAGCGAUCCCUGGACCAUGGCAUUCAGCAAAAAUUCUAACAGGAAAUUUUUCUACAACAGGACAACGCAUCUGUCCACAUACGAGCUGCCAGCAGAAUCUGUUGCACCAUUUCACAUUUGUUACUUUGGUCGCCUCUUCUGGGAAUGGGGGGAUGGCGUUAAAGUGCACGACUCUCAAAAAAGGGAAGAUCUGGAGAAGCUAUCCAAAGAAGCAGUUUUAUCCUUCAUCAGACAACAUUCACCCUACGACCAGUCUCUCAUCAGGUCCUGGGGGCCAGGGAAUGAGCCUCGGUUGGAAUCUUCAGCAGCCGAUUAGAACGAGUUUCUUCUAAGCACUUAGUGAGCCAUGAAGGAAAACUGUUGUCACGGCCAGAUCGGGUGGUAGGGGACUCAAUGCAAAACCAAUGGAACAAGUCUUCAGACUGCAAAAUAGCACUGUACAUAAGCGUCUGCUCCGGGCAGCUUAUGCUGCUGGUUCCAUAGAGGCAAGACUCCUGGAGCAGUGGACAUUCUUCUGGAUUGAUCCUCACCAUACCUUUCUAGGGCUUUUCCCACCCGUGCUUUGAACACCUGGCAUUUGGACUCCCAUGUAGCAGGUAGCACAGCAAAGAAGAGGAUGCACACAGCUCCCCGGUAGCAUCUGUAAGAGUGGAGGACUACGUGGCUGCCGACAAGUCUGCUCAAGUGGGGAAAUGUGGACAGAGGGAAGAGUAGGUGUUUUUAAUGGCCUCGCUUUCAUCUCUUGGUUCCUCUCUGCAUGUUGCGCUUAGUGUGAGCCCAUUGAGAAGUUCUGACUCUUGCAAUACCUGUCUCCUUUGCGUGUGGCUCCAGCCUGGGGGUGCUGGUGUCUUAGCAAGAAGAAAUCAGAGCAAUUAAGGUCUUGAUUGUAAUAGUUUAGGUGUACUUAUUGCCAACAGUGUCUUGUGACUCUGUUCAAAGUUGGAUGUUAUGCUUCUAUGCAAAGUAAAUCUGUUAUGCUCUUUCCCACUCCCCACAUGCAGGUAUGCAACCCCAAGCAGUUUCAUUUUUGAAAUCCACAGGCUCUGACUAGAUCUAGGAAGAUGUUGUGCCUUUGUCUGUGCUUGAGGCAUACCCAAUGGUUUUCCUUUGCUCAGAAAGUUGGGGAAGUUUGGGGUUUAGAGGAUUGGUGCUUUUGAGAAGCGUAUGGAUUGAUCCAGUGUAACAGCCAGCCCUCUUGGGGAGAGAUCGCUUCCUCGUGGUCUUUUUAAAUCUUAAACUAGGGAAGGGAAACUUCUGUAUGUCUAGAUCAAAAAUUCUGUCUGGAAUGAAGUCACGGAACUGUGACUAGGGAAUCAUUCAUAUUUUCUCUAAUUACCCUUACAAUGUAACCUCUGCCUUUGCAAGCUGUAUUUCAGCACUUGGGUUCCCAGGUGCUGAGGCCAGGAGGCCAGCUGAAAGAGCAAGAUUGUGCUUUCCCCAUGUUGUCAUUUUAUUAAGGAUCUUCGGAAAACCUGGGUACUGUUUUCUAAUGUGAGCCAGCCAUUAAUAUACAGCAAAAGGCUCUAGAAUUGGUGAAGUCACUGAAAUAUUUGCCCAUGUUGGCAAGAAGGGAACAUUGACUCGAGGCAGGGUUUGGCUAGGUUGUGCCUUAAAUAAUUUGUGAAACCUCCUAUAACUGAAAGCACCAUCCAAGUCUCAGCCCCUCUCAGAUCUAAGCAGCCAGAACAAGAAAUGGACAAGGGAUACAGAGUUCAGAUGUGGGGAAAUAUAAGUUUCUAGGCAAGGUACAGCUCUAUCCAAACUGGGCAACACAGAGCCCAUUUUAAAUUGCACGCAAUCCCAAAUAAGCCUCCUUAUAAGUAGUUCCUAUGAUCUUGUGCUGUUCGUUGAAUUUGAGUGAAUCCCAGUCAAGAGUGAAUAGGUCCAGCCUUCUGAGCCUAUUCAAGGUCAACAGAUGUUCAGACUUCACUUUAAUUAUCAGUGCUUUUUAUGAUUGCCCCUUGUUUCUAGAUUCCUUUACUGGAAAAUGGUAAUGGAAGCAAUUCUAAUUUGGAAUUUAAAGCUGCCCUCCUUGUAGAAAGGGUUUAGUUUCUGUGGAUCAGGCAUCAGCAGGGGAGGCCGCUUUAUAUUGGAGGUUCAUCAUUGGAGUCCAGUAUGCAGUACGUAGCCCCAAAGCUAAUAUUCUGCUUUCAAGUUGAUUUUGACAGGAAUGGCCAGGUUUCAAAUCCGAUUGCCUUCCUGGGUCUUUGUCUGAAGCCUGGGCAGAAUACAGGGCAAGCUUAACCUCAACUCAUUAAGAGAUGCUUUAGUUCAAGUGGGAAGAGACAAUGGUAAAUCAUUAACCUGCAAUGCCUCCAAUGUGAACUUCAUAGUAUUGGUUUUAAAAAGUAUUUGUUUUAAGGAGCAGCAGGAUGAGAUUUUGAGCCACCUACUUUUAUGAGCCUCAUGUGAUAUCUGAUAAGCCAAAAUGAACCAUUUUGCUCUUGAUUCGUUACUGUAACUGACAGUGAGUGUUCUUGAUUUUUCAGGGGCAUGUUCCCAGCUCAGGACCUCCUUGCAUGCUGGCAUAGAGUCUUUCAGAAAGAAGAUACUGCCGCAAGACCAGGGCCCCUGUUUUGUUCUCUAUAUUAUUGGAGAGUAAGAGGCAAAGGAAGGUCAUGUAUUGGGAGGCACAAUAAUAUCGGAAAUGUCUGCCCUCACUUUAUUCACCACUGCUAUAUAGCUGUUGUUCCUUUUCUGUAGGGCUGGGAAUUGCUGUUAGUAAAGGCUGCAAUGUCAUCUUGGGGUCAAGAUUCUUCCAUUCCGAAGUAUACUACUAGGGUCUCUGGCUUUUUAAGGCAUUUCAAAAUCUAACUCUUUAAAGGCUGCAUGCCUGAAGAGGACAAAGACCCUAACAGCUUAAUUUCAGUAUUUGAGAAUGACUUCUUUUUGGUAAUUCAGAGCAGAAAUACCCUUAGCAUGGAGGGGAUAUUAAAAAGAAUGGAAUGUCCCUGUGGGUAAUUCAACCUGCCCUCGCCUGUUCUCCUACCAGCCCACAGCGGGGAGAAGGUCAAAAAUGUCUUGCUGAAAGGAAUGUUUACACAAUGUGUUCUGUGAAGCUGUGUAUCACUUGUGGUUAUUUCUCUUCCUUUUUCGUCUGUGCAUUGCCAAUACAAUCCUUAUAAUUCAGAAAUAUCCUUUGUUCUUGGCUGAGAUGAAUUUCCCAGAGCUCUGCUGUGCACACUGGCCCGAGGAAGAAAACCUUGCUCCGGCCUGAAUAUUUUCUUAAAGAAAUGUGAAUAGAGAGGCUGUGAUCUGCUCAUCUUGCCGCCUUCUCUGAGUUUAGAUAAACCCUGGUAGUUUGUGAAUGCUGACUGCUUUAGCUUGUAUAAGAAUACAGAUCGUUUCAGCUAUUGAAACCUAUCAGCACGUUCCUACCAUUCACCCAUUAUCAUAAUUAUCAUAUCAAACUCACUUUGGUCUGCAGAAGAUGGACCAUUCUGUUGAACUCUGUUAUACAAAUACAUAAACUAAUUCAGCCUUUUUA